AUGAGACGGUCGGUCGCCGCCACUCCUCCCGCCAGGGCCGCCGAAUGCCCCUUCCCUGCUUCCCCGUUCCCGAUCUCCACCCGCUGUCCCCACACGGUGAUCCCGUAGCCGGUGAUGCGAAGAGCAUGUCUUCCUGGAAACCGAUGCCUUGGCCGAGGCCCGCUAGCCCUCAUCGUGGUCGGUGCCCUCGUCCUGGGCGAACUGAUCGGCCUGCUGGUGGUCAACCGGCUCGACCCUUCCCCGGCGACCCGCAACGGAUCCUCCCCUCCGUCGUCCCCGCAGCAACGACGCGCUGGCUCCGCCGCCCCCGAAGACGACGAGGUGACGCCUGCCGGCGGCGCACGAGGCGUUCACAUCCUGGACCUGCUCGCGCGGCGGACUCCCUUCAAGUUCGACGAAAACGCGACCGAGCUCGACGCUAGCAGAAAGUACAAAAUCGCGCGCUCCUUCCUCUCUCCCGACGCGGAGUUCGGCUCGCCGGACGCCGGCGAGGUGUGCCUGGCCACGCAGGGCUCGCUCGACCGGCUGCACACGCUCGUCGAACUGGCCCAGCUGUGGAACGGACCCCUGUCUCUGGCCGUGUUCGUGGCGAACGCAGCGCAGUUCCAGGCGCUGCGCGCCUACCUCGCCCUGCUGCGCUCCUGCUCGGAGCCCGUGCGGGCCAACGUGCGCGUGGACCUCGUCUUCCCGGUCGGCGUGAACGUGACGCGCGCCGUGCCCUGGUCGACCCGCGGAGGCGGCCCCGAAUUCUCGUGCGCCGGCCACGCCUCGCUGCUGCGCGCGCUGCAGGCUUCGGGGGGCGCCCGCGUGGUCCGCGGCAGCGUCAAGCAGAUGCUCUACCCGCAGAACCACCUGCGCAACGUGGCCCGGGACGGCUGCUCGCCGCAGAAGCACUUCUUCGUCGUCGACAUCGACGUGAUGCCCAAGCCGGGCCUGUGGGACGAGCUGUCCGACUUCUUGGCCUCGGCCAACAGCGGCCGCCGGCCUCCGUGCGCCAAGUGCGUGUUUGUGGUGCCCACGUACGAGGCGCGCGAGAUGGUGCCCGUGCCGAGGACCAAGCGCGAGCUGCUCGCCAUGGUGCGCCGCAGGGAGGCCCGCCCUUUCCACGAGAAGUCUUUCGUCUUCAACCAGUACGCCACCAACCACGCGGCCUGGGAGGCCCUGCCGCACUCCGAGGACGGCCUGCACGCCGCCUACCGGGUGCAGCACUACGAGUUCUUCUACGAGCCAUUCUACGUGGCCGGCAAGGAGGUGCCCCGCUACGACGAGAGGUUCGUCGGUUACGGGUUCACGCGCAACACGCAGGUGUACGAGACGCACGCAGCCGGCUUCGAGUUCUGGGUGCUGGACGAGGCGUUCGCCCUGCACCGAGGCAUGCAGAACCACCGGGCCAGGGGCUACUGGCGCGAGCGCCAGAACGCGCUCAACCAGCGCAAGCUGGCGAGCUUUAAGCGAGACGUGAAGAGAAAGUACCAGGUCACCGCCGCCGCCGCCAAGACGACGCUCCCUCCGGCCACCAAGCCGUUGCUGCUGUGACGAACGUGCAUUGUGGUGCUUCCUUCCUUUUCGAUAGUGACGGCAGCUCGUGCGCGAGACCUUUCGGUGAACAAGCCAGAGUGGAAGAAAUUCUCUUCAGGCAGUUGACUCGGCCGGCGAGCGUGCGUGGGUUGUGGCCGGCGAGCAUCGAACGGGGUUUGGAUUACGGGAAAGGUCGUCUGGCUAAGUGAUGGAACCGCGAGUGUUUGACAUGUUGGUGGGUCGCGUCAAGAAAGAAAGAAAGAAAGAAAGAAAGAAAGAAAGAAAGAAAGAAAGAAAGAAAGAAAGAAAAAGAAAGAAAGAAAGAAAGAAAGAAGCCCUUUCCGGAACGCGCUUCCGGGAUACGUGCGUACCCCCUUAUAAGAAUACAGGUAACGGGGAACAAGCAAUCCUCGUGAUACAGGGAUUCACGAUCGCCAUUCUAUAUUUGUUUUCAAGAGUGAUUUGUCUUCCGCGAUAGGCAAGGGGAAAUAAUGAUUCGGGGGUUGACGGAUGGGCAGCGGCGGCCGGAGACCGGUGGAGGAUUCGCCAUGUUGUUACGGCGACUGUUGAUCGCGCCCCACAUUGCUUCCACAUUUCGCACGAAGCAGUGCGAAGCUCUAUUCGUAACAGUUUGACGCUCGAGCUGCAGUAAGCGUUGCCGUGGGUGCCGCAGCGAGCCACCAGGCUCCGUACUAUGGAGGCCAAUGCACUACAGGCACGAAAUUCCGAAAUAAGUGCUUCACCGUGGUAGCUAUUUUAAAUACUCGAGACGAAGAUAAAGGAAGGGUGGUGCUUCUAACGCUUUUAGCCAACCAAUGCGCCGCUUGAUGUUCGUACGAACGAUGCUCGUGUGCCCCGUAAGGCAUCGCACAUUUCAAUCGGACGGUUUUUUGUAGGGUUUCGUAGCAUUUUGCUUCCGGAUAUACUUGCAUCGUCGCUGUGUGGCCAAUAAGAUGUAAAUAAUUGUUAAACCUUCUCUGUCUAUCUGUCUACGGGUACGUGCUUACGGGAAUAUCGAGCCUGCCUAUAACGAACCAAAAUACUUUCAAUUAUUCUCUUUGCCGAGCAGCAGAAACAUCCGCUUGGAAAUCCGAUGUGGAAGUCUGAGAGAUUUGGCCACGCAUGUCGAGCUCCGUUCUGCGGGAACCGUCGAUAUAUCGAGUCACUCGCUGCCCGCGACCCCGCAAGGUGCGCGUUUCCUCCGCACAGCCGUGCACCACACUGAUGCUGCCCGAACGAUCGACUGCGCCCAUUUUUCUCGCCUGCAUGACACUUGAGUUAGAUGCAACCCGACCGUUCACAACGUAGUGUACUGUUUGCAGAUGGCUGCUAACCGUUGGUGAGUCAAACAUUGAUCAGGGUUUAUGAAACAAAACCGAACAAGCUUCAUUCGGCAUCGACAGCCAUCGGGUGCCCUGUCACAUAUGCCUCGAGCACUGACUGAGAAUGUUAAUCGGCAACUACUUGUUUAAAUAGUUCAUUAGUGAUGAUCAGUUACUUCAACUGCCCCUAGUAAUGCGCUGCCGAAGAAAAACAACCUUAUAUCUUUGUAAAGGGUCGCCCUUCCCACUUAAUUCAGUACACUGACAGGGUACGCAGGGUCCCGCCGCUCAAAACGCAUUCUGAAUGUUCUGUGUGCAACGUUUGUAGGGAUUGAGAAAAGCUUGAGACGGGUGAACGCUUUAACCGCAUGCUACAUCGAAUGCGACAUGUGCGGGCUCAAGGAUAUUUGUAUUCAUGUAAGAAGCAAGCCCCAACUAUGCGCCGUUACAACGGCUAACCGAAACGGUGUAGUGGCGAGGACUAUUUUCGGACGUCGCUGCAGCGUCACCACAUUGACUUCGCCCCUUCGCCGUUGCGCAUCUGUGGAGACUUGCUAGCGAUUUCACGCUAAGGAGCCUCAGUGCGGUGAGCACGAACACACCACUCUUGCAACUUGUCGUAUUUCUCGUAUUGUUUCGAAACGUAUACGUUUUUCUACGGGCGAUUUUGCAUCGACAAGCGGUACGCUCUUUUGGCUCAACAAAGUGGCCAUUUCGUGAUCAUUCCGGCAGGAUUCGUCAUUAGCGCACUUUAUCGACUAUAGUGCAGCUCAUUAAGGCAUUUUCUUCGUGCCGGUUUCCGUCCUUGCAUGCAUGAUUCUCGGAGUCUGGAAGAUUUAUUUUUCGCAUUUCUAAUUUCUCAUGGAAAAUUAACACUUCCACAUUAAAUGUGUUCUUGCAAUUACACCGAGGCUCCUUCCUGCGUCCUGGGUAAUAUCUGCAAGUCGUACUUCCCUUGAUUGCCGUCGAUGUUCCCUCGCUGUUUGCGCAUCUCGCAUAUCCAUACGUCACAAAGAGAGUUCAAACGUGUCAUAUGUUAUUAGUGCUGCGCGAGAAAUUGCGAAAAAUAUCGACAACGAAAACCCGAAAACGUUCGUUGAAAAGAAAAGUUAGAGGUGAUGUAUACGGGUGCACAAUUUUUGCGUCGCUUGUAAUACUCUUCGAAUGCAUGUACCAGGUAGCCGCAGAAGGUCCAUGUUUGUUUGUGGGCCCGUUCAUGUUUUUGUUCUUAUCUCCGUUUUGUAAUAAUCGCGGCGUUCUUGUCAGGUACGUAUCUGCACAAGUGUGUGCGGAGGCAUGUUCUGAACAUCUCUUAAAAAAACUGAUGUGCCUUGCUGACCACAUAAGUCUGGGACACGAGGUGUCCCACCGUUUGUAGGCUUGGUAACGAGUGCAGCACAAGUGCGAGAUCAGGAUAAGUAACACUGAUUAAAGCUACAACUACAGUGUCGCAGCUUGCGUCUGCUAUUAUCGCGCACAGUCGUGCUCCUCGCGACGCUUGCAUGCACUGCUCUUGCCAAAUUCAAGAACUGACCUUUUUUUUGAAACUCGUACGCGCCCGGAAUGCACGCGGUGCCGAUGACGUCACUUGUAAUUUGGCGAACAUUAUCGUAUCGUCGCUUAUUCGGAAGGAUCUUGCACCGUUAGAGCUCCAUGAAGUUAACAUGUUUAUUGUUUGCUUACUUUUGGAUGCAAUGUAUUCAACAUGCAUCAAUGAGCAGUCAAGCCACGGGCUGACUGUCAAAAUUCACGGCUUCAUGGGGAACUGGUGCCGAAUUCAAUUUUGCGCUGGUGUCGCCACCUGUGUUUCGUUUGUAAGUCAUUUACGGUUUACCAAGCCUGUGCUCACGCUAUACACACGACAGACUUGCUCGGUAAUGCAGAACAAUGUAUUCUGCCAUUCUAGCAUAUAGUUCAGUAUUCAUUAAUACGGAAAUGCCCGGCAGUAUACGCGUCCGAGAGUUUAGCUGUGGGAAUUGAAAACCGAACGGAAAUUGAUUAAGAUGUCUGUGCAACGUUCAUUUAUUGUAGUGCAAAUGAUUGCGUUUCAUGAGGAUAGCUUCCGAGCACUCAUGCGCAGCGCAUACUGCGCAAUAACUGCCGCCAUAUCAUGAGAUUGCAACCAAAUGCCACGGAUUUGAUUGCUUGCGCCUCUGCCUCCUGUGAAACGGGAACAAAGAAAAAGCAGUACUGCCGUUUGCUGCCUAAAUUAAUUGGUGCCUGGUGCUCUGAUGAUUGCCUCAUGUUUUGACGACGUAGACAUGCAGAGGACUGGCCAAGCGUGUCUCGUCUCUCGGCCGUUUUUUGUCCAUAAGUUGUAUACGAGUGAAGAUGAAGUGUCGAAUGGAGCACGGGGCUGCUGCUUAUUUAUUGCGCUGUGUACACGCGCGUGCUCUCGCAAAUUGUUGCUCUCUGAAACGGUAUACAAAUCGAAACGAAGAGUAAAGAUGACGAAACUAAUACAAAGCAAAGGAAACCCACAAACCGGCUACGCAGCUUAUGUAUCAAUUGCUUCAUAGGUGAAAUAAAAUGUUAUUUGUUUA